CACCUCUUAGCGCCAGUACCAGAGGGCACCCAAAUCGGGCAGGUGACCCUGGCGGCAACCAGUUUUGAGCCCUUCGAUGCCGCCAGCAGCGGCGGCAUAGCUUCAUACUUCGCCCGCGCUGGCGGCGGCGCGCAGACUGGGGUUCGUGAGGGCGGCGUCGAUGGCAACUCGGGUGGUACGGCCAGGGAGACUGGCGAUCCUGGGCAGAGGCCGCGCGUUGCUGAUGCUGCGGCUGCAGGCGGCGCUUUGGGGGAGGCCGUUGGCAGGAGCGACCAGGCGGGAGGGGUGGCCGAACAAGAGAGGCCAGCAUCCCCAGACGUUGCAGCGCCGCCGCCAUCCAAGCGGCCCGCACCUCCAGCGUCGCCGCCGUCAGCACCCUCCGACGCCGGCAGCCCGCCCGCGCGGCGGGCUGCCCCGGCAGGCACCGCGGCAGCCCUGGGGGCCCCUCGCCCACAGCAGCAGCAGCAGCAGCAGCAGCAGCAGCAGCAGCAGCAGCAGCAGCAGCAGCAGCAGCAGCAGCAGCAGCAGCAGCAUGGGCAGCAGCUCAAGCUGACAGAAGCCCUCGGUGCCCUCGUUUCGCAGAGCGCGCGCGAAGCGCGCCGGCGCCUGGAGGGGGCCCUGGCAGCCCACGGGCUGGCCCCCCUUACAAUGUCCCUGGGGCCGUUUGACGCGACCCCGCAGCAGUCAGUUGAGGGGCGCAGAGGGCGAGAUGAAGAGGAGUGUGAAGACGUUGUGAUGAUCGGGUAG